CCAAAUUUAGAACGUCAAUCAUUGCCUUCGGUUCCUCCGCUCCUUCUCAGUUUCCUCUUAAACCGCAUAAAAAAAACAAGAACGCGUCUCCCAAACGCAUCUUCCGAAUCUCUCCGACAAUGGCUCUCCAAGCCACUACUUCUACGUUCUCCUUCUCCGCUCCUACUUUCCGAUCAACUCCUCCUCACGCAUUAACCUCAAAGCGUCGUCUCUCCAUCACAGCUUCUUCUUCAGGACUCUCUUCUCCUCCCCUCCUCUCGCUUUCACGAUCUAAUCUCAAAGGAAGAGCCUUUGCUAGUGAUGGCUCAACGCAAGAGUCUCCCUCUGUGGUCUGUUUCGGAGAAAUGCUUAUCGACUUCGUACCAACCACAAGUGGGCUUUCUCUGGCCCAAGCACCAGCUUUCAAAAAGGCUCCAGGUGGUGCCCCUGCUAAUGUCGCCGUUGGUAUCGCUCGUCUCGGUGGCUCUUCAGCUUUCAUUGGCAAGGUUGGGGAAGAUGAGUUUGGUUAUAUGCUUGCAAACAUCCUCAAGGACAACAAUGUGAACAACGAAGGCAUGCGUUUUGAUCCUGGCGCCAGAACUGCUUUAGCUUUCGUCACUCUGACAAAUGAAGGCGAACGUGAGUUCAUGUUCUAUCGAAACCCCAGCGCCGACAUGUUGUUAGAAGAGUCUGAGCUUGAUUUGGAUUUGAUUAAAAAGGCGAAGAUAUUCCAUUACGGUUCGAUAAGUCUGAUCACGGAACCGUGCAAGUCAGCUCACAUAGCUGCGGCGAAGGCAGCUAAGGAAGCUGGUGUGAUUCUUUCGUAUGACCCUAACCUUAGGCUCCCCUUGUGGCCUUCUGCUGACAACGCUAGAGAUGAAAUCCUCAGCGUUUGGGAUACUGCUGAUAUUAUUAAGAUUAGCGAAGAGGAGAUUGAGUUUCUAACGAAAGGAGAAGAUCCUUAUGAUGAUUCUGUCGUCAGGAAGUUGUUCCAUCCUAAGCUGAAACUACUCCUUGUUACUGAAGGUCCUGAAGGUUGUCGGUACUACACAAAGGAUUUUAGCGGGAGAGUGCAUGGGUUGAAGGUGGAAGUAGUGGACACGACAGGUGCUGGAGAUGCGUUUGUUGCUGGAAUACUAUCUCAACUAGCAUGUGAUCUCUCUUUGCUUCAGGACGAAGAAAGACUGAGAGAAGCUCUAAUGUUUGCGAAUGCGUGUGGUGCCUUAACGGUGAAGGAGAGAGGUGCAAUACCGGCACUUCCUACUAAAGAAGCUGUACUUGAGGCCCUACUCAAAGCCGUCGUCUAAAAUCAAAAAAACAAAGAGAAAAUGAGAAAGCAGAUUCAGAUUUUUGUUCAUCAAAUCUGUAUUGGUUGUUUCUUGUAACAUAGCUGUAUGUUAUUAGUGUAUUCUCAAAUUGUUACUAUGCUAGCAGCUAACUAAACUAGCCUGUUUUGUCAAGUCAAGAGGUAUUUAAAAGAAAAAACUAUUUCUUUGCA